UUCCUGAGGCCACAAAUCCAUCUUGCAGUGUACUUUUCAGGAAACUGACCUGGAGUAGAUUCUAUGCCUAACACUGUAGCAAAUAAAACAAGAAGAGGAAAAACGAAGCAGAACAGGAGGACAAAAGGACCAAAGUACUAGGGGAUUCUACCUAGAAAGAAAAGCCACGCCCACCCCUUCACUGGCUGCUCCCCAACUGGCUCCCCUGCACUGUAAGUCUGGUCAAGGAAAUCAGGAAGUACUACUCCUGAGGAUAGAGACAUGGGCCAAGCUGGCCAGGCCAUCCUGCUGCUCCUCCUACUGGAGUCCCAUCCAGGCUCUUUUACCAGAAAGAAAAACCUACAGACAGUGUGUGGACGGCCUGUGUAUUCCAGUCGCAUUAUGGGGGGCCAGGAUGCUGCUGUGGGGCGCUGGCCCUGGCAGGUCAGCCUACGCUUUUACCAGAACCAUAUCUGUGGAGGUUCCCUCAUCAGUGAGAGAUGGGUACUGACAGCAGCACACUGCAUCAAACAGUCAAUGGUAUUCGCAUACAGUGUGUGGAUGGGAUCUGUUAAAACAGAAUACUCAAGUCAAACCACAGAGUACCUUGUGUCCAAAGUCGUCAUAUAUCCGGGAUACAAAGAUGGAAGCGCAGACAUCGCUUUGCUGAAACUGUCCUCCCAAGUCACCUUCACUUCUCUCAUCCUGCCCAUCUGCUUGCCCAAUGUUACAAAGCAGCUAAAAAUUCCAGCCUCUUGCUGGGUGACUGGAUGGGGACAAGUUACGAGAGGCACAGUCCAUAAUUACCCUUCUACUCUCCAGGAAGUGGAAGUGCCUAUCAUUAACCACCAGGACUGCGACCGUCUCUAUAACCCCGUUGGCGCUUUCAUCCCAGGACUGGAGCCAGUCAUUAAGGAAGACAUGAUUUGUGCUGGAGGCUUACAAAGUGGGAAGGAUAGCUGCAAGGGUGACUCCGGGGGACCUUUAUCAUGUCAUAUUGAUGGUGUGUGGAUCCAGUUAGGAAUAGUAAGCUGGGGAUUAAAAUGUGGUAAACAUUUUCCUGGGGUCUACACCAAUGUGACCUACUACCAAGAAUGGAUUAAUGCCACUAUCUCAAGAGCAGAAGUGUUGGAUGCCACCAAUCUGGACUUCUCUGACCUCCUACUGUAUAUUCUACUACUUUCUCUGGCUCUCCUGGGACCCUACUGUGCCUCUGGGCUUGACAUUGUGUGUGGAGAGUGAGCAGCACUGCGGAUGCUGCAGGCAGAGCACACAGCUGGGAUAGGGACACAAGGAGGCUGAAGCCCAGCAGCA